CGUCACCUGGACCCAUUGGUUCUGAUUGGAUGUGAGAUCUGCCGGACUCCUCCCUCUUCUGAUUGGCUCGCGCCUCCUCCUCCUCCUCCUCGCCGCACGCGCUGCUCCUCUCUUCUGUUCCCGUAGUGGAACGGCGUGCACGUCCAGGAUCCAUGACGGACCCGGACCAGGACUCAGACCAGGACAACCCUUGACCAGAACCGGGACGGACCCGAGUCAGAGCCUCCCGUGUCUCUGUCUCAGCUAAGGUGGAUCGAACCCGGUCCGGUUCUGCUCCCUGUUCCUCUGCCGCUGCUCUGUGAGCUGGUUCGGUCCCGGUUCGACCGACAUGAGGUGGGUCCUGCCUCGGACCAGAGCGAGCGGGACCAGGUUCUGAACGGGAUACCUGCCGCGUGCCAGAGCGCGCGCUCCCGUGGAGAGAUGGAGCGAAAAGUCCUGAGUCAGGUGAUCUGUGUUUGUUUGCUGCUGACUGGACGGGUUUCUUCAGUGGAACUAACCUGUGAAACUUUGAUCCUGCUCUCCACCAACCUGACAGCGAGGACGUUGAUGUUGCUGAACCAGACAUUCACCAUCAGUAACUCCUCAGGUCUGCACUGCGACCUCUCUGUGGACGGGAUCGGGACCUGCUGGCCUCGUAGUGCAGCAGGAGAGCUGAUCUCCAGACCCUGUCCUGACCAGUUUAAUGGCAUCUACUACAACACCUCCAAUCGGGUCUACAGAGAGUGUCAGACCAACGGAACCUGGGCUCCUCGAGGAAACUACAGCCAGUGCACCGAGAUCAUCGUCAUG